AGUUUGCUGUUGAACGAUGUUAGCUCCACGUGAGGAGCGCAGAGCUUAAUAUAGGCUCUUUCUGCUGGAGAAAUCAUGACACAUUCCUCCCGUUGUCAGUAGACAGUCACCGGUAGCUCCACGAAACGAGUUUAGCUCUUUGUUUUACGCGUUUGUGCCACAAAACAUGCAGAGAAUAAAGCCUCUGAAAACGGGUUGGCAGCUGCUGAAAUCAAGCUGUGAGGGAGCAGCGAAACAAGUCAACACCUCGCCUUCGACCUCCCGAUAUUACAGCCAUCGGCCUCCUCAGGGUCGCGGCUCCUUCGGGCUCCUUUUCGACAUCGAUGGGGUGCUGGUUCGGGGCCGGACGCUGAUCCCCGCGGCCAAGCAGUGCUUCAGGAGCCUGGUGGACGGCGAGGGGAAAUACAAGGUGCCGGUGGUGUUCGUCACCAACGCUGGGAACUGCAUGAGGCAGACCAAAGCUGAGCACCUGUCCGAGUUGCUGGAUGUGCAGGUGUCUCCAGACCAGGUGGUGCUGUCCCACAGUCCUUUGCGAAUGCUCACCCAGUUCCACAAAAUGCGUGUGCUGGUGUCGGGCCAGGGCCCCGUCGAGGAGGUCGCACACAACCUCGGCUUUCAGGACGUGGUUACCAUCGAUAUGCUCCGAGAGGCAUAUUCCCUUCUUGAUGUCGUAGAUCACAGCAGAAGGCCCAAACACAAUACUCCAUCCAGCAAAGGCUUGCCACCAAUAGAAGCUGUCAUCUUAUUUGGUGAGCCAAUCCGAUGGGAGACCAACCUCCAGCUCAUCGUUGACGUGCUCCAGACAAAUGGGAACCCAGACGAUGUCUGUAGUGCCAUGCGGUACCCUCACAUCCCGGUCCUGGCCUGCAACAUGGACCUGCUGUGGAUGGCCGAGGCGAAGAAUCCCAGGUUUGGUCACGGCAUGUUCCUGGUGUGCUUAGAGAGCCUGUACAAGAAGGUCACCGGCUACGACCUGAAGUACGAGGCUCUGAUCGGUAAACCCAGCGUGGUGACUUAUAACUACGCUGAGCUGCUGGUCAGUCAGCAGGCUGAGAGACUCGGCUGGAACACACCUGUGAAGAGGCUGUACGCAAUCGGCGAUAACCCCAUGUCGGACAUUUACGGCGCCAACCUCUACAACAACUACCUUCAGGCUUGCCAGCGAACCACGGCCCAGGCGCAGACUCGGAGUGGCGGAGGAGAUCCCUCGGCAGGAACCGUUGCCGCCGCCUCAAAGGUGACAUCGACGGUCGCGGUCGGGGUGGAGGAGGAGCUCCCAGAGGGGUGCAGCUCCAUCCUGGUGUGCACUGGCGUGUACAGCAGAGACCAGCAGGAGCAGCACGUCUUCCACGGGCACCGGGACUUCCGCUUUGACCCCGCCCUCACGCAGCCGUCCUUUGUGGUGGAGGACGUGAAGGAGGCGGUGGAGCUGGUGUUUCAGCAGGAAGGCUGGCCUCUGGACUAGGACGUCUCACUUCUCCCUGACCCUGGUUCUCACGGCGCAGAUGUCGCCGUUUCGUUGGCUGGUUCCUCGAGAUCUUCACAGUGCCACAGAUUCAAAAAGCAGCAAUAUGCAGUUUUACACUAAAUACAGGAACGUUACACUCAUUUUCUGUCGUCAGGCAUCGUCAUGCGACACAGACCGCUGCACUAUCAAUAUUUAGUAUUCUUAUGAACACAUCACUGUUUCUAAUGGCCCCACCUACCACCUGUAACACUGUCAACUUUAUCAAGAGGGACGUUGAGUCCCUCCUUUCCUUUUGUACAAUGCAAUGAAUUCACUUUUCUUUUUUUUUAACUCGUGGAUGUUGAGGAAUUCUAGGUGUUGAGUUACAUGUAUUUUUACUACAAUUAGACUUUUGUAUAGUAUGCGUCAGUUCAUGGACAAAGUCCAUAAGAUGGUUCGUCUGACACAACGUGUUUCUCGAGAGGAAUAGAUGGAUCUUUUACUAUUUGCACAACCGUCUACCUAACUGGAUCAUCUUGCCUUUUCAAAAUAUAGCCCCACCCCCCCAGCAGGUCUUCAUUAGACCAGUCCUGCUGUUUGUUUUUACUGCCAUCAUAUUUCAGCUCCAUUUGUUUUUAAGAUUAGGCGGGUGCGUAACGCCGUAACCACCAAUGAGAUUAAGUUUCCAGGUUUCAGUCAAGUUCAGUUUGGAUUCAAGCCUCAAUCAAGAGUACGGUCAUUUUAAUUUAAACUACAUUUUUGAAAUGGAAAAAAGUACCACAGUUGCAACCAAAUGGGGGAAAAAGGUGCCAUUUUUUUGUGAAAUGGUUAAAGUCAUGAAAAUGUUAGGAAUGGUCAUUAUAAAUGUUUGUAAUUAAAGACUUGUAUGGGAGGAACAUGGA